AUGCGCCGGCCACCAAGGACCGGCGCUCUGACCGGACGACAGCAGACGACCAUCAGCAGGAGCUUCGGCUCCGUUACCCACAGGCAGCCCGUACAGGGCUGCCGUUGCUUUGAGCCUCCGGCGGUCCUCAUCGGGCCGCCAGCACUCACUUUAUGCGGCCAACGCCGCUGCUGUGGGGAAACCGGAGGUGUUGUAGUAGGAGGAAGCAAAACGUCGCUGCUGAAAAUUGUUGCCAUUGUUAUCCCAAUUGCUUUCUCUGUGGUUCUUUUCUUCAUUGCCUAUUGCUUCCUUCGGAGGAGAGCAAGGAAGAAAUGCAACACUUUAUCCGAAGAAAAUGCUGGAGUUGAAAUUACAACCAUAGAAUCCUUGCAAUUUGAUUUGGAUACGAUUGAUGCUGCCACGGACAAGUUCUCAGAUGAUAACAAGAUUGGUGAAGGAGGAUUUGGCAUGGUUUAUAAGGGUACCUUUUCUGAUGGACAACAAAUAGCUGUGAAGAGGCUAUCCAAAAAAUACGGACAGGGUGCAGUAGAAUUCAAGAAUGAGGUUGUAUUGAUAGCCAAACUUAAUCACAGAAAUCUAGUGAGGCUGCUAGGAUUUUGCGAGGAAGGAGAUGAGAAGUUACUUAUCUAUGAAUAUGUGCCCAACAAAAGCCUUGAUUACUUUCUAUUUGGUUUGGCCAAUCUAAACUUCAUUACAUCCACUUCUUUUCUAUUUUUUUUACCUUUCCUUUAUUAUCCUGCAAACCAAAGACAAUUAGAUUGGUCAGGACGUUACAAGAUUAUUGGAGGAAUAGCUCAAGGAAUUCUUUAUCUUCAUGAAGAUUCUCGGAUUAGAAUUAUCCAUCGUGAUCUGAAAGUUAGCAAUAUUUUGUUAGAUGACAAUAUGAAUGCAAAGAUUUCAGAUUUUGGCUUGGCAAGGAUAUUUGUAGUGGAUCAAACACAAGGAAAUACAAGUCAAAUUGUUGGAACAUUUGGUUAUAUGCCUCCAGAAUAUGUUAUACAUGGCCGAUAUUCGGUAAAGUCUGAUGUUUUUAGCUUUGGAGUCUUACUACUAGAGAUUAUAAGUGGGAAGAAGAAUAGCUGUUUCUAUAAAUCAGAACUUGACGAGGACCUGCUGAGUUAUGCUUGGAAACAAUGGAGGAGUGGGACACCCAUGGAGUUGUUGGAUCCCACAGUGAGACAUUCUUGCUCAAGAAAUGAGGUUACUAGGUGCAUCCAAAUGGGCUUAUUAUGUGUUCAGGAAGAUCCGGCUAACCGACCUACAAUGGCGUCAAUAGUUCUCAUGCUUAACAGUUACUCUGUUACGCUACCAUCACCUAUGCAGCCACCAUUUUUAGAUCGAAGUAGAGAAAAGCUGAACAAAGCAGUGGAGCUGGAGUCUUUUUAUGAGGCAUCAGUUACUGAAGUUGACCCUCGAUAGUUUGCUCAUCUUCUCCGAA